UUUAAAUCUACAUCAAGGCUGUUUCAUACUGAGUGCCAAUUUUCAAUCCAUGUGUUGUACAUUCUUUAAUAGUGUCUUCAUUUCUGAGUCUGAUUGAUAUUCUGUACUUAUGAUAACUGGAGAUCGACUUUUUUAUUAUUAAUAUUACUAGAAGUUGUACAUCGUGAUCAGAUGGAGUAAUUUUGGAUUCUUAUGGGGAAAUUAACUAUUGCCAUGACAUUGAAAAAUGCUACUCGGGCAUUUUACACAUUUUUAUGGUGACUUUCAAUAAGAUAAUUUGUAUUGAUGAUAAUGGGACCACAGUUGACGAUGUUGUGCUGUAGGUUUAAAAAGAUAAUUUAUAAUGCUUUGUAACUUGUUUAGGAAAGUCAGCAUUGCCAGUGGGGGCUCUAUAUAUAGCUAGGACAUAUAUGUUGGAAUGUUUAGAUUCCAAUUGCACAAUGCAGCUUCUAUUUCUUGUUAUUUUAGUGACACAAUACAUUUAUCUAAUUAAGUAUAUUGCAGCAAACUACAAGGUCGAUUCUGAAAAGUUGGCGUCGUUCAUCAAAAAGUACCUCAAGUCAGCCGUAGCAUCGGGAGAGCUUGUGCAGACCAAAGGCAAAGGAGCUUCUGGUUCGUUCAAGUUAUCCUCUGGUAAGCCUGAGAAGGCUCCGACAGUAGUUACUACUGCUCGCGGCAGGAGUUCUUCAACGUCUACCGAAGGAAAAGAAACAGCAGCAACCUACAAAGGCAAAGCUGAAAUCUUCGAAAAAACGCCGGUGAAGAAGACUCCUGAGAAAAAGAAGCAGGUUCCAGCGCCGAAGGCCAAGAAAUUGCCAUCUAAGGCUAAGAAAGCUACAAAAGUCCCUACCAAGAAGCCGACGCCGAGACCGAAGACUACUGCAAAAUCCAAGGCAACGAAGAAGGCAGCUGCCAAGAGAAAUUGGCACCUUCUUUUACCAUAUUUCGUCUAGAGUAAGUACCUCCAAAAGUAACAUUUUCAAGUUUUACCUCUGGUGUUGGGUUAAACACAGAUUAGGGUGUGUAUAUAUUAUUAAUGGACACUGAUAGUUGAUCAGUUUUGUUUGAAAGUCCUCUUAUGUUAUGAUGGUGCACCACAGAAUUGUUAUCUUGAUUGUAUUCUGAAUUUAGAACUGGUUUAUUAGCAUUGAUGUAGACAUCUUUCAGGUAUUUGGUGACAGAUUUGGGCUUAAGCCUAAAAGAAGGGUUAGAUCUUACAUCAGUGAUUACAGGUAUCCAGUUUGCACCUAAUCUAAUUAGCAGUGAGUUCACAAGCUUCUACUUGCCUUCUGAAUUAAGUUG